AACCAACCAACCAACCAACCAAAAAAAACCCAAUCCAAAAACUCCCCAAAACAAAGAAUUCACUUCUUGAUUUGUCAGCAGUUAGAAAAAAAUAAUUACAGAGGUUGGCAAAAGAGCUGGUGUUCCAGGUUUAUCUGCUGUUGGGGGAUGUGCUUUAAUGUACUCUCUUGAGGAAUGCUCUGUCUCUGAUUUGUAAAAAUAGGAUCCUGGUAUGACUUGUUCUGUAUCUUAGUAUUCCUUAGUCUUGUGUUGUCUGACCUCACUAUUUUCAUACAUUGAUUUUGUUUUUUGUACUCUUUAAUCUACCUGAGAUGCAGCUGGGGCUGUGCUUGUGCUGCUGGGUCCCAAAGACCUGACCUGCUGGACUCUCUUUUGUCCAGGCUGUGGAUUUGGGCAGGGCAGCAGGGCACAGAGAGAUGGGAUGUGCUGCCUUGUUCUGCGGUAAAUGAAAUCAACCUUAUCUCCUAGGAAUGAGAAGGGCAAGCUAUCUUUUUUGAUUGGGAAUUAACUGUAAACAUUCAGUCGUUUUGGAAUGUGGGGCUCUGGCUUGGCUAAAUCUUUGUGCUGCCUUUAGCUGGGUGACUGUAUGUUGAAGUUUAUUAGUAAAGAGGAUGGGACCAGAAGUCUUGGGAACUGUGUGGUCUUUUAAGAUGUAAAAAUAAACAAAGCUGAGAAGCUCUACCCUACUUAAAACAGGCUGACCUAAAUUUUCAGCAAUUCUAGCAGAGAGGCAGACUCUGGGUAGGGAUAAAGGUUUACUGCCAACUGGCAUUCCUGUCCUUCCAUUGCUUGCCAUGGUUGACAGGCCACCUUUGGCAAAUCAGCACUGGUGUCUGAUGUCAUUCGCUUCCCCCUUCCCCGAGUUGCACAACCCGGCCGUGGGUUUGCCGUACAGUCCCCUUGUUAUGCAAGUCAACAGUUCAGCAUCUUCUGGGAAGUCACAGCAUGAAUCUCUACUCAUAUUGCUUUUGUUGGAGUGUGUUGACAACAUGUUAGAUGUCCUCUGUCUUGUCCCUGCAGAGAUUGCUUUUGAGAGUAGGUGUCUGGGAAGUCCAUUCAUACUCUUUGUCUGUAGAUUAAUGUCCUUGCUAUCAGUUGCUGUUCUCUGCUACUGAAUUAUUAAUUCUUCAGUGAGAGUUUUCUUCUUAGUGUUCAUUGACUUUCAUGCUUGAUUUACUCUUCUGUGCAGUUUGAAACUGGAGCAUGGGAAUGUUGACUAAUAUUAAUGGAUCACAUGGUGUGACCUCAGAGGUUGUUAAAUAAACUUUUUUAACUGGGGAAAAUGACAUCUGUCUUUUGAAGUAUUUGGUUUCCCAGGUGAAAGGUUGCUUACAAACAUGUAUUACCCUCAGAGGCACAUUGCUUGUUAUUCAAGAAAACUGGGAUGUUCAGGCAACUGGUGGAGUGGUUAUGUGUGCUCCAGAGACAGUCCUGUGGAGAGAUAAGAAGAGGGGAAUUGUGUAUCCUUUCAGCAGCCUUCUGUUAAACUUGGAAUACCACAGUUCAAGCACUUGAACAGAUGGAUAAUGGAGACUGGGGAUAUAUGAUGACUGAUCCAGUCACGCUAAAUGUGGGUGGACACAUGUAUACGACCUCCCUCACAACUCUAACGAGAUAUCCUGACUCAAUGCUCGGGGCCAUGUUCAGGGGAGACUUCCCCACUGCCAGGGACUCUCAGGGCAAUUACUUUAUUGACAGAGAUGGACCACUUUUCCGUUAUGUUCUUAACUUUUUAAGGACCUCAGAGCUCACUUUGCCACUGGACUUCAAGGAGUUUGACCUGCUCCGGAAGGAAGCGGACUUCUAUCAGAUUGAACCCUUAAUUCAGUGUCUUAAUGACCCCAAGCCGCUGUAUCCCGUGGAUACCUUUGAGGAGGUGGUGGAGCUGUCCAGCACCCGGAAACUUUCCAAGUACUCCAACCCGGUGGCUGUGAUCAUCACGCAGCUCACCAUCACGACGAAAGUCCAUGCACUAUUGGAAGGCAUUUCAAACCACUUCACCAAGUGGAAUAAGCACAUGAUGGACACCAGGGACUGCCAGGUGUCCUUCACCUUUGGGCCGUGUGAUUACCACCAGGAAGUGUCGCUCCGAGUGCAUCUCAUGGAGUACAUCACAAAGCAAGGCUUCACGAUCAGGAACACCAGAGUCCAUCACAUGAGUGAGCGUGCCAAUGAAAACACAGUGGAGCAUAACUGGACUUUCUGUAGACUGGCACGGAAAACAGAUGACUGAUUCUGACUCCACAGGAGCCACUUCAGUGAUUAGCAACUUAAUUGGACAGUAAACCCAAGAGAGUCUGGAUUUUGACUAAAGCAACAAUAUGGGCUUUUUUUAUACGACUAUUUAUUGUUUAUCAGUGAGGACUGGAGGAGUUUCAUUCUCUAGCAGCUCUGUUCUAUUGUCCAGUUCAGAAAAAAAACCGUGCAUGUGCCUGUUCAAGUCAAGACACCUUUUUGUUUGAAAGAGGGAGUCCGAAGAAUCAGUACAAUAGGGUAUUUUUGUGUCAUUAACACAAUUCUCUGACUCGACUCAAAAGUGCUAAAAUUACCUCUUGUUUAAAUGGUUUCUAAUCCAUCUAAUGCUAUGACACUGGGAGCAAGAAACAAAAAAGAUUUUAAAAUGCAGUUGGGGAGAAGCUGCUAUUGUGUAGACUAAUUUAGUUUCUAAAUCAAUAAACAGUAUUGUAAUAUUUUAGGAAAACAAAUCCCACCCUUUAAAAGUACUUGAUAAGUACAGUUUCUUACAGUUAUGACAACUGUUUCUUUCUAUGCAUAUAAAUCAAGCAACCAAAUAUUAUCUGUAGCCAUGGAAAUAUGAUUACACAUAUUUAUAUUGGAUUCUAAAUGCAAAAUGUCCCUGUGGUAGAAUUCAUAUUUUUAAUGCCUGGUGCAAUAUUAUUCCCAAGUGUAAUGCCUGCCAGAAGAAGCUAAUAAAAAUGUGAAAUACAGAAUGCUGUUUUGUAUUUUCUUUUUGUC